ACGUAUUCUUCAGGCGGGGAUUUCAUAUAGAUAUAAAUAAAGCCGGCUCGACUUUGGCUGCAUCGACUUCUUCAGUUCAUCCAACAGCCAACAUGCAAGCUUUGAUCAUCAUCGUUGCCACCUUGGCCUUUGCCAGCGCCGGAUACAUCGGCUCCCCAGUUCUGGUGGCUCAUCCAGCUCCAGUCGUCCACAGCGUUCCAGUCGUUCCAGUGGUGAAAACCGCCCCUGUUCUCAUCAAACAAACCCCCUUGAUCCCGGUGGUGAAAGCUGCUCCUAUUGUUGCUGUGCACUCAGCUCCAGUCAUCACCAAGACCAUCCAGGCUCAAUCCAUCGUUCAUCCAGCUCCAGUUGUUCAUGCAGCUCCAGUUUUAGUGCACCAUUAAGUUAAGUUUUCCCCAAUAAAUGUUUGUUUGAUUUCA